AUGGAGCUUUGGCUUCCGAUCAAAGCUGGUCGGAUCCGGUUGACUAAGAUGACAUACAAGCGCCCCCUCCCCGGGGCGCUUGAGGCGACCUACCGGGCCGCCAUGUCUCUAUCCGCACCCGGAACGGGGCUCUGGAGGGAGGCUAUGCCUUUGAGGCUUCAGUCAGGCGUCAUCACGGUUGCAGAUUCGCAAAAUCUUGACCAGUUUGCUUUCGGCUUUGGCCUCCCUCGGCCCACUCCUCAUCGCCGUUGGAGCCAGGCCUCGACGGCCUUUGUGGCUUCCGGCCGCUACGUAGAGAUUUUCGCCCUCGCCCGUUUGUGGACGAUAGAGUUGGCGUCCUUUGUGAUGUUAUGA